AAAGCUGGGCAAAAGGCGCAGAAAAUAGAAAGCAGAGAGAACAAAAUUUACAAAAACGAAAACUGAGGAAGGAGAAAACUUGGCAAUAUUCAGUAAUCACACAGAUCGUUUUGCAAAAUGGAUUUCAGCCAGCCUGUGGAGAACUAUGCCAACCCAAAGACAUGCUUCUUUCACGUGCUUUUCAAGGCUGCAGCUUUGGCUUUCUACAUUCUCUCUACACUCUUCUUUGAUAGCUUUGUUAUAAUCUUUGUGGUCACUGUAAUUCUUGCCGCUCUUGAUUUUUGGGUAGUCAAGAACGUCAGUGGCCGGAUCUUAGUCGGGCUUAGAUGGUGGAAUGAAAUAGAUGAGAAGGGUGAGAGCCUGUGGAAAUUUGAGAGCCUUGACCAACAGUCAUUGUCUCGGAUGAACAAAAAGGACUCAUGGCUAUUUUGGUGGACAUUGUACAUUAGUGCACUUGCUUGGAUCAUCCUAGGAAUAUUUUCAGUCAUCAGGUUCGAACCUGAUUACCUCCUCAUUACAGGGGUUUGUUUGAGCCUUGGUAUUGCAAACAUUGUUGGAUUCACUAAAUGCCGCAAAGAUGCCAAGAAGCAGAUUCAAACAUUUGCCUCCCAGACAAUUGCAACUCGUUUCUCAUCUACAAUUCAGUCAGCAUUUAGUGUGGUAUAAGUUGUUUGAGAGGAAAAGAGCUUACCAAAACUAUAUUGGUCAUACUGCUUAACCAAGAUUUAAGAAGUGAAUGAAUUGAUCCCGUAUACUCCUUAUCAUGAACUGGGCUUCUUUGAAUUUUCAAUAGGCUUCUGCAGAAAUAUCUUCCCUCUCGCCCUUGUUUGUUUUAUCAAUUUUUUUGAUGACCAACAUUAGAUAAAUGUUGUUACCAGUUAUUAGGAUUUCUCAAUGCAUUUUCAUUGUAUAUCCUUAUGUUGGGAAGCUUGAAUUUCUACAGCUCCUGACCCAAAAAAGAACAAAUAUGUAAAGCUAAAACUUCUUGUAACCCAUUGAAAUGUGAUAAUGUUAAUACCCAUUGAUAAACUUAGUAAU